AUGGGGAAUUCUGACCAGAUGCCUGAAUCUGCAACCCAUGUUGUGGAGUAUCUGUCUUUCAUGCAGAUAGACCCGUUUAUUUCACUGAAUUCUACUUGUCUGAGUGAGGUCUACUCAAUGGGAAUGAGGACUGCAGCUGCAGACUUUACUGAUUCAAUGGGGAUUCGAAGUGACAGAUUUGAAUUGGCUCUGUGGGAGGACCAGGAGCAGCCCGAGCUGGAGCGAGGAGCAGCCAUCCAGCCGAGGGGCAGCACUUCCAGGCGUUGUUCACCUCGACCUGCGGGCAGCGCACCUGGAGGGCGGCAUAAGCCCCUCUCAGCCUCUCCCAGGCGCACGGUGGCAGCGGGCAGUCCCGGGCCCUGGGGCACGGCAGCUGGGGCGGGCAGGCUGCCGCAUGCCUCCGUUUGCCCGGCGGCUGGGGGCGGGCAGACUCUUUCCUGGCUCGCUCCGGGCUCCGUGCUACGGCUGUCCCCGCCCGGGGAGGACUACAGCGCCCGUCGGGCCCUGCGCGCCGCCCGCACACCCCCGCCUCUGCCGCUAUCGCUGCUCCUGGCAGCCCGGCUCGCCCGAGGGAGAGGGGCUGCGCGGGCAGAGCAGGGCAGGGCAGGGCAGAGCAGGGGUGCUGCGGGCGGUGGCCACGCUCGGGGGCGGCGGCGAGGUGGAGCCGGGCGGCCCCGGCCCCGUCCCGUGCCGGGGAGCGGCUCCUCGCAGCCUCGCUGCCCCGUCCCGACCGCUCCUGUCUCCGCGGCUCAUGAGGUGAAGAUGGUGAUCCGCGUCUUCGUCGCCUCCUCCUCGGGCUCGGUGGCGAUAAAGAAGAGGCAGCAGGAUGUGGUGAGGUUUCUAGAAGCCAACCGCAUAGAGUUUGAAGAAGUGGAUAUUACCAUGUCAGAGGAGAAGAGACAAUGGAUGUAUAAAAAUAUUCCUGAGGAUAGGCAGCCUGCACAAGGCAAUCCACUGCCACCACAGAUAUUCAGUGAUGAUCGGUACUGUGGGGAUUAUGAUGGCUUUUUUGAAUCAAAGGAGAGCAACACUGUAUUCUCUUUUCUUGGACUGAAACCUACUUUGGCAUCAAAGGAAUCAGAACCCUAGAAAGCCUGUGUGAAGUACCAACAAGCACAUUCCUGAAUGAGUGACUCUAUUCUUCAGCACAUAACAGCUUCCCUAAUGGAUCACUGUGAUAGAGUAAACAUGUGUCAUUAGUAGUAGUCUGCUUGCCAUGAGAUGGUGCUCUCCAAUAAUGUGGAGCUAAUAACAUGCAUAUGAAAUAGGAUUAAGGCUGGGCUACUCAUCUUCUGUUGUAAAAAUGCUCACCGUUGAUGUUUCAUUUUUGUCUUUUGAUUGCUUUUACAACUGGCCGUGAUAUUCUAACAGGCACGUAUGUUUGAGAAUAAGGAGUGAAAGUGUAGGGCUUGUAUCAUUCAUGGGUAUUCUUAUAUAGUCAUAUUCCUUACAUUUUUUAAUUCUUCCCACUACUGUAGUUCAAAUUAGUUCAUCAUGAUAGUUAAAGUGCUGGUGGUUAUUAUGAUGUUUAUGCUGGCUAUGAUCCAGAAGGAAAAAAACAUCAAUCUUGAACUCUCAGUCUAAGCCAAUAACUGCCAUAUUUUUGCUCUACAUUUAUUUAUUGUGAUGUUUAUUCUAGAUCAUGGUUAUUUUAAGAGACAUGGGCUGCUAAUCUUGUUAAUGAAGACUUGUCUAAUGAUGCACAUCACAACUGACUAUUUAAAACAAGUUGCUAUCAUGAAGGAGGUGCCAAAGUGAAAUACUUUGACAUGUUUCCAAAUACAGGUGAAAUGUUCAGUAAAACGCUCCAUGGAAAUGCUGGGGAGUCCAGAAGAGCUAAAGGGGUCUCAUAGCUAAUGAUAAUAUAAAGUUAUCUCUUAAAUGAGAAAGUCUUAACACCCAAGGUUGGAGCUCUACAGUUGGACUGUCUUAAAAUUAAAUUUUGCCAAAACUUCAGUUUACCUUCAAUAACACACAGCUCCAUCACAAGCCACAUGAGCCAGGGGAUACUUUGAGAGCGAGGUUUCAGUCCCUUGAUGGUUAAACACUCCACCAUGGUCCAAGAGCAUGCCUAACUAGCUUAGCUGUUGUCCUGGUUAUAUCCCCAGAUGAGAUGAUGUGGAGGUGCCUCGAAGACAGUGAGAAAGCUGAGUGUGUGCUAUGCCAAAUGCAGUCAGAGAGGUUUUCAGCUGAGGAAAAAAAUAAAGGAAGUGAAGAUUAUUCCAGUGGGACUGUACUGAUGCACACAGCAGAAUUUAGGCCCAUGAUUUGCCAAUAAUCAUUACAAAAUGCAUUCUAGACAGAAGUAAAAUUGCAUCAUGCAUUUUGAAUCAAAUCUGGAUACAUAAAUAACAGCUAUGCUGUAAUGUAACUUUUACUAAAGUGAUUUCAUACUGGCAAGGCAGUGCCAUCACAGUGAAUGUCCUUAUGUCUUUGGGUAAAUGGAAGACAACCACUACAUAGAAAAGCUACUUUGCAAUCACAACAUCACUCAGAUGGUGUCGUUUGAAGGAAGCCAGACUUGUAAAAAAGUGUUAGAAAGCAACACUAUCACAACAAAAGCAACACUGUGAAACAAAUCACAUGUUCUGUUGACAUCAGUGAUCAUGGCAUACGAGACAUGUCAGUUGGAAGGGACAGCUGAAGGUCAUCUGGUGCAGCACUGUCAAAAUCAGGCCAAAGAACUACACUAGCUUGAAAUAGAUAUGGGUUUGUCUAGCAGAGCAUUAAGAAUAUCCAGAGAUUAAGAUCUCAUCACUAUCUAGGUAAGCUGUGACAUUGCUGCAGUGCUUUCUCAGUGAAAAUUUUAUUUUUUAAAGUCCAGCUUUGACUCCUAGACUUUAAUUUGAGGCUUCUGCCUUUGCUGAGUUUUUUUGACACUCACAAGAAGAGAUUGGCACCAUUCUUUUUUUAAUGUACCUCAAGAUAGUUGUAAGCUACCAUUGAGUUGCCUCUUAGCUUUCUUACCAGACUGAACAAACCUGGAUGCUCAGCUGAGCUGAAGAGCUAGACGGAGCAAGAGCACACACAGAUUUGAAGUCCGUGGCUGUAUUUGCUGGUCAAAAUCUUUGCCAGAACACCUUCUCUAGAUGAAUCCUGAAUGGGCGUUGAUAUAUGUAUGUACAUUUUUAAGAAUUAUGUUGUCUUUAUCAAGGUACUGUGACAUUCUUGUAACCAAUCCCAUAUUUUCAUAAGACUUGAACUUAGGAAGACUUGAACUUCCACUAUAGGAAGGGAAUAUGACAUGAGGUGGAGCUGUACAUUGUUAACUUCGCCACAUUCAAUAUAACUACUCCUAAAAAGAAGUUAAAUAUUUAACUUUGUAAAUGAAUAGAGAUAUAAAUAUACGUAAUUUUGCAGUUGAUUACAGAGAAGCCAUCCUGGAUUUAUCAUGUACUUGAUACAUUGUAAACUUUGAGAACUGCCUGAAGUCCCAGGUUUGAAAAAUUUACCUAAGUGUGUAAGCAUAUACACAUGAGUGAUCCUGGAUGAAAUCCCAGGCUUACUGAUGUGAAAGGAAAAAACACACUGAUUUCCCCAGGGAUGAAAUUAGUUUCACAAAGCUCCUUUUGAAUUUUGAUAAUUGUAGAAUAGAAGGCUCUCGUUUAGUGGAGAGUUAGUCUUAUUUCAGUUGUUAAGUGAACCUGGCUUAUUUCAGAGCAUGUGUGUGGGCAUAGUCAGUUGUAUGCAGGACAACACUAGCUCCAAAGAUAUCCUGCUUGCUUGCAUGGAUUGGCAGUGUAAGUCCCUUUGAAUGUGUGCUUUUGAAUUAUAAAUAGCUAGUUUAAAAAAGAAGUAUAUAUGUUUGGAUGUGAAUUUUGUCUGUUGAACGACAGCCUUAUUUUUGUAAUUAAUCAAGUAGACUUCUAGUUUGUUACACAAGAUGAUCUGGAAUAUUUUUAAUCAGUUUUGUAGUAAUGAAAUGUAGCUAUCAGGUAACUGAAAAGGUCUGGGGAAUCUAGAGACAUUUACUGAAAGAAAUAGGAAAUUCUUCAUUCUGUUUAAAAUUUUGCCGUAUAAAGUUAUGCUUAAGAACCAAAUUAUUCCAAUUUCUAGAUAACACAUAUAACUACCCCACUUUUUAAAAUGGAGAGCAGUGUGAGUGAAACUUAAUCUUUGUACCUAGCUAAAGUUGCUGUGUGGGCUGACAUGCAUGUGCACAUUCACUGUAUCAGUGGCUUUGAUAGAGGUGUUUUUGUUUGUGCCACACACUACUGGAUAGUGCCUUGCCAGAAAGAGGACUGUUUCUGUGGGGUCUUCUUAGAUGUGCUUAAACUUUGAAUUGAGAAAGGCAUAGUUUCUAUAUUGCUAUUUUUAAUAAUACAGUAAAUUUAUUUUGAUGCCUGAGUCAAAAGGCACAUGUUUUGUAAGACUGAAACAGUUUUUGAUGAGUCUUCUGAACUCUUGAUUUUUCCUAGGUGACUUUGUUUUUUUACUUUUCUUUUCCUUUUUGUUGACCAUCUAGAAUCAAACCUUCCAAAGGGAAGUGAACCUGGAGUAAAGCCCAUAUAUUCAUGUUUACACUUUCUUUAAAAUAGUGUCUAAUUCUAAUGUUUAGCAGCCCAAGUGCUAUCACUGAAAUGAAGAGUAGCUGCCAAGCUCUCAGCGGAUUACUUGGUUGUCCCUCCCUGUCUUUUUCCACCACCAGGCCAUUUAUUUGAGGUGUUCUAUUCAGGAAUUAGCAUGGUUCAGAAGUAGGACCCUGAAAUUGCCUUGUGGCCCUUCAUAGGAGAGCAAGAGUGGGAUGAACACCAGGAAAAUGCCAAAUCUCAUUAGUUUUCAGUAACUUAUUCACGGAUUUCACUACACCUUGGCAUGAACAGUGGGAGGAGGAUGGAGCCCCUUAUGUUCACCCUUCACAGAGAGCCUGAGUGGAGGACCCAGUGUAGAAUGGCCCACGGCUUGCUCUGGCACCCUGAGCAGUGGUUCUCACAGGGGCCCUUGGCUGGCAGUGACACGUGUGACACCACACACCACUGCUUUCCACAAGACUCCAGCUGUAUCAUGGGCUGUGCUUCACCCUCCUGCUCACUGAGGAAUUUGGGAGGGAAAACAGAGAACAUCUUGAGAGCAGUCCUUCAGCCAGGGCAGAUCCAGUUUACUCCCUUCUUCGUGGUCUUUACCUCUUCCUCAUGUGUGUAAUCCUGUCCUGUGUAGACCUACCUGUGUAAAAAGCUUCCACUCCCAGCCAUCUGUAACAUCCCUGCGGGGUCACAGACGCAGAGCUGGUGUUCCCCUUCACGGCAUCAGUGUUCUGUAACUCGGGAGGGGAGGGAGCAUGUUGCAUCCUGGGUUGUGUACAUGUUAUGUAUUAAACUGUGUUCAUCUAAUAAAAAACUGCAAUUCAGAACAUAAA